UCGGUUAGAGAUCUUCUUUCAUUGUCGUUCACCAGUUGGCCACGAGGUCAUUUCUUGCGGGCGUAGAUGGUGUGGCGGCGAGGUCAGCCAACCGUAUCAGAGGAAUCGUUCUAUAUAUUUCCCAGCCGUAGCGGCCAGCUUCGCGAAACUCUUUCGCGAAGUCUAGUGAAUAUUUUAAGACCGACAAGAGUCCGCCGCCGCCGCCGCCGCCGCUGCCGCAUGUAGGAAGAGGAGGCGAGGGCUGAUUCACACUGGUAGCCGUUUCGCACGUAGGAGGAUCAGGGAAACGGCAGUGAGGAUGCUGCUACGAGCCGCGUACGCUGCGUGGACGGCGAACCACCAUCGUCGGGGGAACGGGCCGACCUAGACGAUUAUCGAGGCAGCUUGUUCACCGACCAGCUUUUCGCCGACUGGUCGAGCGCGGAACAAGCUCACCAGCAGCCAUCGAGAAUCAGAGAUAGGGUUAGACGAAGAGGGGGAGAAACGAAGAGUGAAAAGAGUGAGAAAGAGAGGGCCACAUUCCGAGCGGAUCACGGAUGCUUAUAGAAGCGUUGCGUAACGGCGUCAGACGGACGGCGAAAACGCGGCUGCUGGCCCGUCGAGUUUCGACAAGUUCGACGAAAAACCCGCUCGCGUCCUCUUCUGGCAUCGAGGCGGACGUCGAACGGCCGCGGACCGAUACUCGCCCCCAUCUCCGACAGUGUGCUGAUCCUCUCUGCCGUUCGUCGUGCGUCCAAUUUCCUACGCGCCACUGAUCGAACCGAUUAAUCGAACCCCCGCAUCCCCUGAUCCCCCUGAUCCCCCUCCCCUCUCCGCGUUUCAUGACUCCAGUGAACAGUGCGAGUGCGAGUGUCAGGAUCCGGACGAUCGACCUCGGUGAUCAUCGCGGUGGUGAGGCAGAAAGAGGAAGUGAAGAGUAGGGUCAUAGAAGAACGCGUUAGGAGGAGAGAGAGAAAGAGAGUGAGAAAAUAAAAGAGGAAAGAGGUGGCUCGCAGAGGGUUGAAAUUCCCAACGGGUGGAUCGAUCCCGCGUGUCCCAGUGCGUUUCAAGGCCACGCGAACUCCGCUCGACGAUCACCCUUCUCGCGGCUGCGAUCCCCUACGAACGGACAGCAGACUCGAGCCUCGACGUCGUCGUCGUUUCGCAUCUCCGCUCCUCGUAUACCGUCCGAGCAACCGCGACUAAAAUUAACCCGUGUCGAAUCUUAGAGCAUUUCUGAUCUAGUCGAAUGCUUUAGCACCGAAACAUCGUAUUUAUAGAUCGUACACAAACGAUAACAAAGGGAAGAAAAUAGCAAAAAAUAAAAAAGAAUCUUGACAAAUUCGAACCGAACGACGAUGCUCGAGUCUCGACGAUCGUAAAGGUGCGCGGUGUCUCGGUGAACGUGUAAAACGCGCUUUUUGUCACACGGGGUGAACGGUGGUUUUUCUUCGGUGAUCUUGCAGAGAUCCGUUGGUGAAACGCGUGAGGGAAGAAACGUGGAGACGAAUAGGAAGGAUGAUGGAUCAACGUCCAAAGGGACGGUUGUGCGAUCGUUGCUAACCGGCGGGCACGAUAACGUCCACGAUAACGACCAAGACGAAGACGCCGACGACGACGACAACGACGACAACGACAACGACGACGACUACCACGAACACGAGGAAGAAGAAGAAAAGGACGAAGAUUAGGAGACACGUGGUGGGGAAAGAACGAGAGGUAGAAGGAGGUGGUGGAUGAAAAGAAGGAGGUGGAAGAGACGAGAGGCGGUGAGAAGAGAUGCAGCAACAGCCACAGUCUGGCCAACAGUCCGGGGCACCGAACGGGGUGGCAGGUGGUGCCCAAUUGCCUCAAACAGGUGGCAUCGGCUCGGCCCAACCUGGAGCGACAGGUACCACCACGACGGUGUCCAAUCGUGCCCAGGUUAACGGCGGCAGAUUCGAUUUCGACGAUGGUGGCACCUACUGCGGCGGUUGGGAAGACGGAAAGGCGCACGGACACGGCGUUUGCACCGGACCCAAGGGCCAAGGUGCCUACUCCGGUAGCUGGCACUAUGGAUUCGAGGUCUCCGGUGUCUACACCUGGCCUAGUGGGUCUGCGUACGAGGGCCAAUGGCAGAAUGGAAAACGACACGGGCUGGGCAUGGAAACCCGUGGUCGCUGGAUUUACCGUGGCGAAUGGACUCAGGGAUUCAAGGGUCGAUACGGUGUCAGACAAUCGACCACGUCCACGGCGAGGUACGAGGGCACGUGGGCGAGCGGCCUUCAGGAUGGAUACGGUUCGGAGACCUAUGCGGACAGUGGGACGUACCAGGGACAAUGGUGCCGUGGAAUGAGACACGGUUACGGGGUCAGGGCAAGUGCACCGUUCGGUUUGGCCAGCCAUUACAAGCCAUCGAAGCAAGUCAGGGCGUCCUUAACGUCGUUGAGGAGCGCGGAUGGCGGGGGUGCAGCUGCGCCGACACCGGAACCAACAGACAGGAGGGAUCGUCGCGUCGACGACAGCAGGGGUGGUUUUGUUUUGAAAGCUAGGAGCGACGAUCCUCCCGCGCGCAGAAAGAGUCUCACCGAGAAGUCUUUGAAGAAAGGCAUCCUUUCAGGUCUGAAGAUUCGGAAACAGAGGAGUACCGGUGACCUGGAGAAACGUGGCACUACCGGUGGCGGAAGUAUUAGAAGCAACGCCAGCUCGGCUUCCUGGAUGUCGACGGAGAGCUCGCAAAGCCAAGCCUCGGCGUCUGUUCACACGGACAGCAACGCGUCUUUUGUCAUCGAGGACGAGCAAAUGGACGCGUCAGUAACGGAGACGUACCUUGGCGAGUGGAAGAACGACAAGAGGACAGGUUUCGGUAUCUCGGAACGAAGCGACGGGCUGCGAUACGAGGGCGAGUGGUUCAACAAUCGAAAGUACGGUUACGGUGUGACCAAGUUUCGCGACGGCACCAAAGAGGAAGGCAAAUACAAGAACAACGUGCUGAUCACCAGCCAGAAAAAGAAGCACCUGUUUCUAAUCAGAUCGGCGAAGUUUCGCGAGAGGAUAGAGGCGGCGGUAAGCGCGGCUCAAAGGGCCAGUAAGAUCGCUCUUCAGAAAGCGGAUAUCGCGAUCUCGAGAACGGCUACAGCUCGAGGAAGAGCCGAGUUGGCGGACAUCGCGGCGGAGCACGCGAGAGAGGACUCGGAGCUGGCCCAACAGACGGCGAAGCAAUUCGCUCCGGACUUUCGGCAGCCUGGCCUGGAACGGUUGCGGAACAGGGAGAUACCCAAGUACGUGCCACCGCCCCAGGACACCGUGCCAGGAAAGAGUAUCCUUCAUAAAACGGGCAGCGUAGAUCAGCCAGGUAGCACGCCCAUGAAGAGUUCCGCCUCGGCUGCGGAAGCCACGUCUACGACUACCACCUCGGCCACCUCCACCGCCAGUAACGUGAUGCAAUCCAUCAGGAGAGCGAGCAUGAAACCGCAGACGUCCAAUCAGCUGCCGCAGAAUCAGUUGCCACAAAAUCAACUGACUCAGAACGAAAUACCUAAUCAGGUGACCCCUGCUCAGUUGGUCAAUCAGCUGCCCAUGAGUCAGUUGAACCAGACCACCAUGGGUGCUCAGAAUCCCUACCAGACACAGUAUCCUCAGUCGAUGGCUCAGAAUCCUGUUCAACAGUAUCCUAACAGUAUACCGAAUCAGUAUCAGCAAGCGAGCCAAUUCCAAACCGGUCAGUACGCUCCUCAGAAUCAGUAUCCUGGCCAAAGUAGCCCGUACAAUCAGCCGCCGUAUCAAGCUAUCAACCCGCCACAGGUUGAUCAGUACUUGUAUCAACAGCAACAGCCACUAGGGCCACAGGGCUAUCAGAACGUGCAGGCUUAUGCUAAUCAACAGACAACAGUACCGAAUCAAUAUGGGCCAGGUCAGAUGAAUCAAUACAAUUCUCAGCAGCUGUAUGGACAGCAACAACAACCACCGCCUCCGCAACAUCAACAGACGCAAAUUCAACAACAAUAUCAACCCGACGGUGUCGCAGAUGCGCAACGACCACCGAGUUCCACGAGUAUACGAAGAAACAGCAGGGUUCUUAGUCCCCAGGAUCGACCGGGCACCAUCGGGCAAACGUUAAACGACAGGCUAGAUCAUUACAAGAGGCCGCCCAGUCGUGAUAGUUCGGUAGAUCGUUACGCUAGAGCGCAUUCCCGGUUGACUGGAUCGAGACAGCCAUCCAUUGAUAAAACCGUCACGAACCCACCCCAGGACAUCCUCGACAGGUCAACGAGAGCACCAAGCGCGAUGCGAUCAGGUACACCGUUGAAUGGAUCGGUGGUUGGAAGUGGUACAGCGACGCCGACGUACGCCGCCUCGACUUCCAGUCAAUUCGAAGGGGCGCUUCUGAAGAAUCGUAACCUUGGACAAGACAUUUUGCCGAGUCAAGGUCAGCCUAAACGUACGGAAAGCCUGUACGUAACACCGGGACGAGGACCGACCGUAUCCGGUGGCGCAAGUGGUGGCGGGAGCGGCGUAUCGAAGGCGAUGCCCACGCCGUCGGUGUCCCUUCAACGGAAGAAAUCGUUACCGGAUGUGGCUCAGCCGAUCCUGCUGACUGCGACGGCACCCUUGUCCAGGGAGGAAGUGAGCGUGUUGAGCAGCAUGAGAAGGGAAGAAAUUCGUAGACAGAUCGACGAGAGCGAAAGGCUCAGGGCCAAUCCUCUGCUCUACUUGGUCAGUCCUCAGGUUAAAGACUGGUUCUCGAGGCAGCAGCUAGUGAUGCUGGUGCUCUUCAUCAACAUAUCCUUAGCCCUGAUGUUCUUCAAACUGCUGACGUAGCAGCCAGCCGACGAUUGGGUUCACGGACUCGUAUUGGACGUGACCUGAGACCCGGGGGCGUCGCGACGCCCCGAGUCGUCACCGAUAACCGACGUUCAACCGACGCGAGAGCGACAAAGAAACAUAGAGGGGACGACCGAGUACCCCUCGAAGGCGAAAUCAUUGAACAGAAAGAGAAAGAAAAGGAAGCAUAUAAGGAAAAAGAAGAAAAAGAACCGCUGAAAACGGCUUUCGAGCAAUUUCACUCGGUCCCACGUUAAGCUUGGACAAGGACACGCUGGGCGAGGACCUCGACAUUUCACGUGGGACGAGAAGACGAAGAACAAAGAUAGGGAAUCGUUUCGACCAACUUCCGGGCACUUUUUUAAAACGGACGAACGAUUGUCCGAAAUAUCCUUCCGGUAGUAAUUUUGUCGACGAUGCGAGGGUUCGAUUUGCUGGGACUUCCGUCGAGGAAGAUAAAGGAUCGGCUGAAUAAAUUUUUUUUUUUUUUUUUUUUUCGUCUGAAACACAGGGGUACCGACCACAAGACGCGGUCAUCCUGUAUCGUACCUAUUUUUACACCGAGUAUUUUAAUAAUAAUAAUAAUAAUCGACGAUGAUGAUGAUAUAUUUGUACGAGCUGAUCGCGUCGUUGAUCACGAGCGAUCCAGCUCAAAAAACACGCUGCGCACACAGAAAAAAAGAAAAUAACAUUUUCUCUAUACACAUUUUCCUGUUCUUAAUCGACGAUCGGCUCGAGCGCGGACACCGGAAGUCGGCAGGAUUUUUAUACACGAUGAUAGAACGGCUAGAGUGAAUCGUUUGUCAAACGGAGCACACGGUAUACAUAUAUGUAUUUUUCAAACGGUUGUUGUUCUUACUUUUCUGUCGCUCGAAAAUGAAAAUCGAGACAGGCUCGCGUGAGAAAUGCCAGCCGAGGAUAAUCGAAGAUGGCGUUGAAUUUCCGAUUUCUAAUUAGAAUUGUUACACGAUUUCUACGAGUUUUUGAGAAUCGACGGAGGGGAAACGUACGUGAGAUUUACGUUGUCGCGUGAUUCAAGUUACGAUAUAUUCAAGUGUUAUCGAUCGUGUACGUGUAUGAGUGUUACGUGGAUAUACAUAUAUAUACAUGUAUGUAUACGUAUUAAUUGUAAUCGCUUCGUUUACGAAGUUGUUUUCUUUCGUGUAACCAUAUGCCUUCCACGCGAAAUUGUACAUAGCAACGACACAUUAUCUCCUCCGAUUUUUAUAUAUGCACACGUGGAAAUUUCUCUUCGAAUCGUGGCGACGAACACCGCGAUACAUGUAAUAUAGUAUACGUUGUUUAACCGUGAUUGCGAACUUGUUGUAUCGUUCGGAAAUUGGAGAAAAAUAAUCCGAACGAUUGUAUUUUGGAAGAAUGAAAGAAAGAGAAACGUUCUUUUUUGAUAUUGUCGCGAGGAUCAGAUAGAAUUUAAUCGCGAAUUAACACAAGUUUUUACAAUGAAAAUCCGCUUGUGUACAGAUUUUCAGCCGCGUCAGGCGGUGAGUUUUUGAAGAGAGAAUGAAAUUUUGACGGAAAUUUCGACGUGCGAAUUUUUAUUCGAACUCCCUGCGCUCGAGCGAUCGCAUUUUUUCUAGCCUCAGGCAUAGCUUGUAUAUCUCUAGAUGAAUUUGUAAAUAAAAGAAAAAGAGAGCGUAUAGAUCGCGAUCGUCGCAAGUUAAUCGAAGUCAGGCCUGAGCAAUUCGUGUUCAUAGAGCAAUUAUCUGAGAAAAUAAAUGGGUAAUGACCACUCGGGUGGUGGAAAAUUGAAUUCUUUAUCGCGACAAAGUUAUAAGAGAAAGUUUAGGUUUAUGCCCUUAGGGCACAAAUUGCCCAGGCUUGGUCUGAAUCGAAACGCGCUUGGCCCCUUCGAUGCUUGACUAUUUUUCCAAACCAAAAAUCUACUCUCUAUUUUCAUCCUCCGCUACGAUACAUAUACAUAUUUUCCUCUUUGUACCUAACUUUAGCGGUUUCACAAAGCAGCUCUAAGUUAAUUUGCUCGGAGCGUUAGGAUGAAAAUAGAAGUAUUUGUACCGUGCAUUAUUUGUACGAAUCUAAAGAUGAUUCUCGUAUAAUAUUGUCUUCGUCUCGACAAAAUUUUCAUCGAUACUAUGAGGAACAAGGAACUAGGGUCGAGACGAGGGAUUGAAAUAGGGGCGACAAGUAUCUUGUAUCUUAGGAACGAAGUUAUGAAAAUUAUGAACUGAUCGAAAAUGUUUUUUGUUACGAAGAUCGUUCGUGUAUAAAUAUAAUUCAAGCUACUUUUCGAAGGCGUGAUCGUUGUCACGGAAACAUCUAUUGUGUAUAUAUAUAUAUAUAUAUAUAUAUUGCAAUUACGUGUAUGAAUCGAUGAAUUGGUAUCGAAGAGAACAACUCGAAAAUUUGAUAACGUAUCUGAAAGGUAGAGAGCGUGUGAGCAAAUGAUAAGAGAGUGAGAGUGAAAGUUGUUCGAGACUUUUGGAAGAAAGGAAGAAAGAAAGAAAGAAAUUUAUUAUUGGAGACGAAUCCAAUAUGUAUCGAAUGCGUUCUUCAUUACACUCAUUAUUGCGCCGUGAGAAAGAGAGAGAGAGAAAAAAAAAGAAGCCAUAUCACACGAAUCAAAGGGACAAAUUUCUAAUAUUGUAUAGAAAUGAACAGGUGUAUCGAGGACGAAAGGAUAAUCUGUUUCGCUAUUCGAUUGUUGAUCGUAUUAUAUCACGAAGAAAUCCACGGUAAAGGAUCGUAUUGUAUAUUUUACUUGUUAUCUCUUUGACUAUUAUCGACAGUUAGCAUAUCUCGUUAUUAUUGUAUAUUAUUAUUAUUACUAUCAUUAUGGUUAUUACUAUUAUCGCUAAUUAUUCAUUAUUGCCAAUUUAUUAUUGAUCGCGAUUAUCGCCAUCUCAUGAUCACCUUUAAUUAAUUAUUAUUCUAUCGACGGCUCGAUACGAGCCAAACCCUGGCGUAAGAGGAAUUUUGUUACCUUACGAUUAUAUGAAAUCGUGACGAAGAAAAGAAAAAAAAAAAAAUUAAGAAACGAAGGUAAAAAUCGAUUCACAUGGGGCCCACUGUCGUUGUUUAUUUGCGAGAGAACAGUGCAUUCAAUAAAACUUCUGUAUCAUAAACGACAA